GAAGCUGAAAGACGAAAUAAAGAUAAAAGUGGCUUUUACAGAUUUGAUAAACGAUAUCAGAGAUAUCUCUAUCGCGCUACGAAUAACCAAAAUACUGUGCAGAACUCUCAAUAUUCCAGGCUCUUGGCAGAGAACUCGAGAUUGAGGAUGACCUUUGGACCUACAGGAGAUGAGGAAGAGAUUUUUUUAACAAUAAUUUUCAAAUCGUUUCAAAAGCAACUUAUCCAGCAUUCGGCAUUUCUCGAAGUUUUUAAUAUUUUUGCUGAUUUUAAACCACGAUUGACACGGCUUUUGACGCCUUAUCUUCCAGCUUAUCUUUUACUGGCGUUUUUCGAUAUUAUGAUGAAACAAAUCAUGCAAAAGAUAAAACUGGUCGCACUCUUUACUUCAGUCCAUAUUGUUUUUAAAGAUACUGCAUCGUAUGGACUAUUCUUAAGGCAUAUAUUUUGCCAUGAAUUUACAAAAAUUUUGCUUGUAGUGCCAGGCAUAUUGCAACAUGAAAGUCCAGUUGAUCGCAUUUUAAAUGGCUAUAAUAAAAAUAAUAAUUCUUUGAAAUGCCAACCAACAUUUCAGAAAUCGUUAGACGAUCUUCUUGAAUUGCUUAAUUUUUUGCAUACAAAAUUUAGAACAUACGGAGCAGAUUCUAUCUUUCUUGGGCAGAUUUUUGGUCAAAUCAUUUACUGGAUUUGCGCCCUUGUGUUGAAUCAUUUAAUGUUCAGAAAGGAGUUAUGCAAUGUGAAAAACUUUCAGAAGUUUCGUCUUACCCUUCUUAUUUCCAUCCAAUUUGCUUUGGCAAAGGACUGUAAUGAUUCAUUUAUCAUGGCUUUUUUACCAUUACUGCUCGCUUUUUUAUUUUUCUUGUAA